AUGAAAUUAAAUCCCCGUGUUUUAUCUUCGGCUGCGGCAAUUGCAAUAACUUGUGUUGUCUCAGCGGCAGCAUUUUACUAUAAAAGUCGCAACAAAGAGGUAAAUGAAGUUAUGGUGUUCUGCAAAUUACAGUUUAACGCUUACAAUUCAUUUGAUAAGCUAGUCAGCUUUAUUGAAGACGCAAAAUACACAGUGAACGUUUGUAUGCCCGGCAUAAACAAUCCUGUCAUACAGGCACGUUUAGUAAGCUUACUAAAAACCAAGAAAAUAAAAGUUCAAAUUAUAAUAGAUAGAUCAGGUUACAAUGAAUCCACUGAAUUUUUUCUCAAAGAACUAAUCGAAGCCGGCGCUGAAAUAAAAUGCAAGCCCAAAGAGCCAGUGUUUACCAUGCAACAUAAGUUUUGCCUUGUCGAUGAUAAGAUUUUAAUGACGGGAACACUUAACUGGGGUAACGAUCGCUCUUUCGAUCAUUGGAAUUACGUUUACAUCACUAGUAAGCAGCAAUUGGUUGACCCGGUGAAGAGGGAGUUUUAUCAAUUAUGGGAGCAAGCUAGGGAUGUACAAUCAGUGUUCGAUAUAUAUUGCGAUAGUGACGCAGAGACGUUUGAAAUACGUAGUUCUGAAGAAUCUGAAACGGAAGUUCAAGAUGUUUCCAAAGAUGUAAAUACUUUACCUAUAGAAAACAAAACAUCAGAAAAGUGUAAUAACUUUACGAUUGAUAAUCCUUCUUUAGAAGUUUGA